UUAGAGCUCAAGAAGUUGUCUCACCAUAUAGUUCAUAUAAAUUAUUUUUAAGCAUACAGACUAGAUAAGUGUCAAUGUUCUAUAAUUCUCUCAGAUAAUUAUGGAGUUUACCUGCUCAAAAUGUAGAAAAAUAUACAGAAAUAUAUGAAUAUUGAUGGAAUUUUAUGAAAGCUACACAAUAUUGAGUAGCAUGAAAUUUUUCCCAUUGUUUCACUAAAAUGCAAGGAUGUAAUACUUUUUACAGACUUUUGAGUCAACAUAGAAAGGAGCACAACUGAGCAAAGCAAAGCUCAUUCAAACAACAUGAAAAUGGAUGAGUUUGAUGCAACUAAGUUUCACGCUCGGUAUUCCUACUCUGACUCUGAAGACAGCAAUGAUGGCAUCAGAGAGAGAGUUGCAGGAUUGAAAGAACAGGUAUAUCAUGACAAACUGGAAGCUCUCAAAAGACAAUUGGCCCAGCUGGAUGAAGGGACACAUCCUGAAUACAGGAAAAAGAUGAAAAAAGUUGAUCAAAUUCAUAAAGAAAGAUUGCGAAUGAAUGAAAUUUGGAAAGAAAUUGAAAUAGAAAAGGCAGAGAAAGAACAUAUUUUGGAGAAACAACUUGCGCUCAGAGACUUUGAGGAGAAAAAGGCUGAGCUUAAGGAGAAUCUCCUCCUGGAACUUGAGGAUAAGAGAAAAGUUAUUGAACAAGAAAGGUUUUCUUUAGACUUGAAUGGCGACUCUAUGGAAUAUAAGGCGGUGUCGACGCGCAAGUUGCGGCACCGCGGCACCCUACCCACGCCCACGGUGGAGAAGCGCCGCAAGCCCGUCAACACGACGCUGCAGCUGCUGCUGGAGGAGCGUGAAGUCGAUGAGGACCUGCGCUUGAUAAGAGCAAAGUCUGCGCACGUCGCCGUUCCUCAGCCAGCUAAGCACAAGACUGUGUCGCAGCAUGCGAGCACCAAUGACGCUCCCAGCAACGAACCAAAAAUAGAAAAUGGAAAAUUAUACUUCGAUAAAAAAUGGUUCCAUAAAGGCCAGGCUGUCAUGGUCGACUGCAAAGACGGCAGCAGAUUCAACGCAAUAUUGUCCUGUGCCGAAGCUAAUACCAUCCACCUACGCAAAUCCUGCGACAACUCUCGACUCAAGAUCUCCCUUGCCCAGCUGGCGCACGGCAAGUAUCUCGUCCGGAGGCGCAACACCGCAAUCGCCGCCGUAUGACCGCCCUACUCUCGACUUGCCUUUAGUUCAUCAUCGCAUUUCGCUCGUUCUUGUAUUUUAACUUACAUUAUUCAUCGUUUUUUUUUUCUUACAUUAAUUAUCGUCCAACGUGAAAUUAUUCUAACGUUUUUAGGUUAAGAAGGUAAUCGGAACAUGAUACAUUGUUGCCCAUAUUCUUGGUAUCCCCCUGCAGAAGUAGUGUGUUGUCAUUCUUAGUCGUAACGACACUGGACUGAUGUAUAAUUGUGCAUCAGUUUCAACCUUAACACGUUGAGUGCGGCAUGACCCUCCGUCAGGUUGUUAGGUCUUUUUUUUCGGACAAAU